AUUCCCUUGCACAGGUGCUUGUCACUAGCACAACAGCCGACAGAGAAUGCUACUAGAUUGUUUAUGGAUAAAAGUUAUGAUCAUUAAUUGCCAAUGUAUUGCAUUACACGUGAAAAUAAUUAUGAAAUUGUAAACUUGUGGUGAAACAUUACCCCUGUGCUGCCAGUGUGUAUAACUUUUAUUCUGUAGCUAAAGCUAAAUACUCUUGACGUCUUGUGAAUGUUUUAACCUCAGAAGUCAAAAUGUCAGAUAUCGUGAUGCCCAGCGAUGAGAUGAUGAGACACACUUCAAUGUCAAUGUCUAGUGUAUCUUGGUUUGAGUUUCUGUUAGAUGAGCAUAAACUGGAUAAUCAUUUGCAACAACAAAAUCCAGAUCCCUCACCUUGUCAGUUGAUCAUACAGUUUUUACAGCAAGCAGAAGCUCAUCUAGCAGCCAGCACUGCCCUGGUAAGGGAAAUACCAACUACACCUAAUGGUCAGAAUGAUUCCAGGUCUGAGGAUGGAAAUAUUCAUGACAAAUUAGUUGUUAAAGAAAGCAAAAAAGUGAUUGCAUUGAAGUUACUGGCAUUGAAAGUAGCAGCUCACUUAAACUGGAAUCUCAACAUUCUUCUCAAAAAUAUACCAGUAGCUUUACUACAGAUCCUUCUCAACGAGCUGAUGAGGUUAACAGUUGAUGGUGACAUUGAAGAGAUCAAGUCCACUGUAUCAGAUUAUAACAGUAUCAGUGAGGAAACUCUCUUCUCAUUACAACUCUUUCAUAGAUGGGCGUUAUUAGCAGUUGUACGAGACAGUUUUCCUAGGAGACCAAUCAAAUCAUUUGUUCAAGUUCAAGGCCAGGUAGACCCUACUAUAGCAUACCAUGCUUUAAAUGAAGUCAUUAUGAGAAAUCUAAGAGAGUCUACUGCAGUCUCAAUAGAAAAUUUAGAAAAGUGUAUACAAUGUGGGCGUGUCCUAAAAUUGCCUGUCUCAAAAUGUUUUCCUGUACUAAGUGAUAACACUGAGGAUUUUAGUUUGAUAUGGGAUAACUGUGUAACAGUAACUCCACAGGAAUAUCACUGUCAGCUAUACUAUGAUUUAGGAACAUUCUUCUUCUACCAGGAGGCUUACACACAAGCAUACACAAUGUUUAAACAUACAUCAGAUCUUAUAAUACAGGUAGAUGAUCCAGUGUUCAUCAAUGUAGAUAAUGCCAGGUUAAAGGGAUACCACCAUGGUUGUCAGAGUUUACAAGGUGUCACUCAGCAAGAACCUCCUGAAAAAAUUACAUUGUACGAAAAAUCAGAGGCUUGUCGGAGAAAUGGUUUCAAGGGUAUAGUUGAUGUAUUAAUAGAAGACAACUUACGACAGGAACUAACCAUGAUAUACAGAAGUGAAUUAGAAGAUGAAAUAGGCACAAAAGGAGAUAGUUUAAAUGAGGUAUAUGUACAAGUCAGUAUAUGUAAUGUAGUGAGAGGUGUGAUGGAGGGCAAAGCUUUAGUUUCCCUGUUAGCAGAUGUUAUAGAAGAUGCUGAUCCACAAACUAUAGAAUUUCUCAUAUUAGUUUUAGGGAGAGCAUUACAUGGAGCCUCUUUUUCUCAGAAAUCAAAUCUGAAAUGUUUUGUGUGGCAUUUAAUGGACCUUUCUGCUGCAGCCUCACAUUUUAAUCAUGCCAUAAUGAAUGGAGAUUUUAAGAAACAUUUUAAUGAACAGGAGCUGAUGGAAAUGAGUGUUUAUAUCAGGGAACCAGAAUUAAGUUAUGCAGACUCUUUUGAUGAUGCCACACUUACGUGUAGUAGUUUUCCUUCCAGUAGAGUCAUCAGAUCACGAUUCCCACCUAUUUCACGGUACAAUACUCAAUCAAGUUUCUCAAGGAACCCUACCUUGACCUCUUUUUCAACAAGGAGUCGUCCAUCAACUGCUCAUUCUACAGAUUCCUCUGUAUCAUUAAGUAAUCCUGAGCAACAGUUGAUGUACUCGUAUGACCCUGACAUAAUACGCCAUGUUGUAUCGGAUCUCUGUACCAAACUUGGCAGGUCGCCAGCAUAUGUUAUGUCACUCAAUGAAAAGUGGAAGGUUCCUAGAGAAAUGCAUCAAGUCAUAUACAACUUGGCAUCUAGUCAUGAACAAGCCUUUAUUUACCUCCUGGUGGGAAAAGCUUGUCAUUUAAUGGAAGUUAGGAUAUUUGAGAGAGCGAGACAGUUACUGAUGAUGGCUGACCGUGUUGUAGCAGAAUUAUCAUACACAUUAUCCAAGCACAUACGAUGGUAUACCCUGCUAGCAGAUCUUCAACAGUACAACAUGAAUGAGUCACUUGGAGAAAAUUCAACAUUACAAGAUCUUAUCAAGAAAACUAAGACUUGUAUAACUUCUGUUAGAUUAGGACAAGAUAUACAACCUAGUCAUAAUAUAAUACAACAUUGUGCUGCCUUCCUGAUGAACAUUAGAGAUAUUGGAUACCUCAGUAAUAUGGACCAAAGUGGAAGUGGACAUAUAGAGUUUUGUAGACAGGUAGCCUGUAUGUUGAAAGAAUUACCAUCUGUUAAAUCUGUUCGAAAACUUUCCAGAGAAAUAUGGGACACAGUGAGGAAUAUUUACACAAUAGGAAGUCAGAGAAUUAGUAGUAGUGGUCGUCACAGUGCAAUACAUAGAGAUCCAACGAUAGCUAUCAUGUCUGUGGAAGCUUUCCAAACAUUUCUCACAAAGUUCAAGGAUCCUUCGUGUAUAUCUGUAUUAAUUUCCUGUUUCACAAAGUACUACAAUCUACUCAGGGAUGACAUUUCUUGUGAAAUCUACAGUGAAUAUGUACAGUUUUGGCCCACUGUUGUCAACAAUCCCAAUACAUUAAAUGUAAGAGCCAUAGAAGAGAGUCUUUCCAUUCUGAUGCAGCAUGCACUAGCCACCAACCCAUCACAGCCUUCUUGGCUAAGGACACAGGCAGAUAUUCAUUUUGCAAAUAAUCAGUAUUCACCGGCCAUGAAGUUUUACAUGGAGUCUGGAGUUGUAGCAUCAGAUUUCUUUUCUAUAGCUGUACCUAAAAGUCUAUAUGAUGAUCAAGUAUACAAAAGAAUGAUCAAGUGUUGUUUGUAUCUACAGUGCCAUACACAGGUAGCAGUAUUAUGUCAGUUUACAGAUGAAGUAGACUAUACUACAGCCUUUAAAGCUUUACAGGAAAGGAACUCAUACGAUGCCAUGGACUCAUAUUAUUCCUGUAUUUGGGAUAUCAGUAUAUUAGAGUUUCUAGUCCAUUUACAUACAAGGCGAGGAGAAAUGGAUAAAAGACAGACAGCUAUGAAAGCGUUGAGCCAGUUAGACCUGAACAGCAACAAUCCUGAUGAUAUCAUACAGAGAGCUUUACAGAUUAGAAAAAGAAAAUUCUUAAGAGCACUUGCAAAACAGUACCUGUGAUAUUAUUGACACCUAAAAUCUGCAAUAUUAUUAGUGCUUAAUUUAACAAGGAAAAGUGCUGACCAGCUAAAACUGAUUAUGUUUUUGAUUAUUUAAACCAACAAAAUAUGUCACACAUUGUUUUUACCGUGCCUAUCCAGUUGGCAUUACGCCCUGUCACAAUAUCAGUAAGCUUAUGCACUACUUUGAGUUGUGUUUGAAUUCAUGUUUUCAAACUGACAAAAGCAAAACUUCAUGGAUAAACGUAGCAGGAUCAUUUAUUUCAGCAUAAAAUCAAGAAGGUAAAUAGAAUAUUCUGACGUUAUUUGUCUCGUGAAUAGAAGCACCUUCUUAUGCACAGCAGUAACAUGGCCAAGGUCAAUUCACAACAUAUAUGCAUUAAGUUAUUACAUUUGAAAUGUGCAAUUUGAAUUUCUGUUACCAUGUUUUGUGUUAUGAAGUAUAACUUAUGUAAUGGUGGUCACAUUGAUCUGUAUUGUAUUUCGAUGUGUAUGAAGCCAACAGUUUGAACAUUUCAUUGUCAUCUUUCAUUUAAUUUAGCGUAAAUUGAAAUAAUAGUAUUUAUAUGGUUAUAAAUGUGUCCUGUACUUCCUAUAUAUUAGCAAAAUUUUUACUUCCUACCUUUUGCAAAUAUAUAUAUAUUUUUUUUUAAAUUAGCUACUGUGGAUUCAUUUAUUUUCUUGGAUACCAAUUUUCAUGGAUUGUGGAAAAAUUGUAUUUACGUGGAUAUUUGAUUUCAUGGUAUUGCUAAAGUCGCCAUACAAUCCUAUAGAUAAUGGCACUUUGUGAUAUAUCUAUACCCACAAAAUUCACGAAAAUUGAUAUCCCACGAAUAUUAACGAAUUCACAGUAUCAGUAGUGGAUACAGGUUUUGUUCUCUUGAUAAUAACUAGCUUUUUCUAGACAAUUGAGUGGUAAUUGUGUAAAUACCUAUUUUGUAAGAUCAAAAAUUAUUAUGUUUAAUACACACUUUUCAUUAUCAAUAGAUAUUUCAUUAUGUUGUGUUAGUAUCAAUAAACUCAUUUGUACCUUCAUUUUCAUUUGCAUGCCUGGAUAACUAAUUUUAAGAUAGAGACAGGUGCAUGAUCAUUUCAUAUUUUGUACAACUGCCAGAGAAUGGUAAAUGUUUGUGUGAAGUCUGUUGUAAUUAAGUUGUACAAUAAUCAUUAAACAAAUUAUGAAUGCACUUAUUACUAUGGAAAAGAGUCCAGGUCACUUUCUUUAAAGGGAAUUUAAAGUGUCCCUAGAUAGAAUCUCGAUCAGAAAUCAAAAUAUUGUGUAAAUUUUAUUUGUUUUUUUUUCAACAUAGUGUUAGAGGUUUAUUAUAUUGGUGAUCUAGUAUUUUUUUUACUUCUAGUUAGGUUUUUGGCUCUAAGUCAAACAUGGAAAUAUAGUGGGUAACAUCACUGUCUGUCUUUUUGUCAUCGAUCCGAGUCACACAUGGAAAUGUCAUGGGUAACAUCACUGUCAGUCUUUUUGUCAUGGCUCAAAGUCACACAUGGAAAUAUAGUGGGUAACAUCACUGUCAGUCUUUUUGUCAUGGCUCAAAGUCACACAUGGAAAUGUAGUCGGUAACAUCACUGUCAGUCUUUUUGUCAUGGCUCAAAGUCACACAUGGAAAUGUCAUGGGUAAUAUCACUGUCAGUCAGUUUCAUCUUUGUUACAUAUACAGAUAUUGCACAGAACUUUGUUUUGAAAGUAUUUAUAGUAUCAGAUUGAAUUUUGAUUAAGAAUAUUAGCAGUAUCACUCUGUUAUGACUUUUACCACUGAUGUGCUGAUAUUUUAUGUUAAUAAAUAUUAUUUUCUAAUGGAAACAGUUUAACAAAGUUGUUUAUGUACUAUUUACAUAUUAUUUUUCUAUAUUAAAUAUAUGAAAGGUUACUCUA